CCGCCAGCCAAAUACAAAAGGUAAACAAAUCCGACUUGGAGCCCAGACAUUGAAUGGAGCAUUAGCAUUAGCAUAAAGACAACAGGCCGGGCGUGCCGGAGUCAAGUGGCAGGCCACGGAGAAUACCACAUGCAGUAUCUAAUGAGCACUGCGUAGAACACAAGCAGCAGUAAAGCAGAAGCAGCGGUUGUGAAAGAAGCGGACGGCCAAAAGUGAAAGUUGCCUCCGAAAAAUGUUGAAAAUUGUACUGAUCAGCGGCAAGCGAAAGUGCGGCAAGGAUUACAUAUCCGAGAGGCUGCAGCGGAGAUUGGGCUCCCGGUCGCAAAUCGUUCGAAUCUCGGAGCCCAUUAAGUCAGAGUGGGCUCGCAAGCUGCAGUUGGACCUGGACGCCCUGCUCAGCGAUGGUCCCUACAAGGAGAAGUACCGGCGCGACAUGAUCGUAUGGAGCGACGAGGUGCGGACCCAGGACUACGGCUACUUCUGUCGCGUGGCCAUGGAGGAGGCGCUCAGUCGCCAGCAGACGCCCUACAUUCUGGUGAGCGAUGUGCGGCGCAAGAACGACAUUAAAUGGUUCCGGGAGACUUACGGGGCGAAAAGGGUCACCACUUUGCGACUGACAUCCCGUCCAGAAACCCGCUGUUCACGGGGAUGGACUUUUACCGCGGGCAUCGACGAUGUCCCCUCCGAGUGCGAUCUAGAUGAUCUGGCCGGCGGCUUUGACUUUGUGCUGGCCAACGACGAGCAAUUCGACCAGGAGGCCAUUGACCUUUUGCUGGACAAGCUGCAGCUACAGUAUCAGUAGAGCUCCAACUCCUCGAAUCACCAUGCUUUGAACAAAUGUAUUUUUGAUAUGUCACGUAUUCCGGUCCCUUUGAAACCUGAAGUGGUCCUCACAAAUAGCUUAGUUAAUGCAGUAUAUUACUUUAGGAAUGAAGUUAAGUACCUAAUAGUGUUAUGAAAUACUCUUAGUAAUUAAAUAUAGCUUUUGUGGCGGUUUUACCAAAAUGUAACGUUGAAGACUCAAUGUCUUCAAUUGAUAUACAAAUUUUAAGUCGCUCAUUCUCGGUAAUGGGUUACAUCAAAAAUGAUUAGUCCGGGUUUCAACUGUGAGAAAACUAGAGUGAAUAAUACUCAAAAAGCUUCCUUCAUCCAUCAAUAAUAAAAACAAUGUACUGGCAAGAAAACUAA